UUUUUCAGGCAUGUCACGUUAAGUCAAUCAAUUCCUGAACAGGCUAUUUGUAAUUUGAUCAAAGGAAAAAAGAGGGGUUGGGGUUGGCCCAGAGGCGAGGAAACAGAGUAGCGCUGGGGUACACGCGUCCAGCUGUGUACCAAGCUCCCGCCUGCAAACCUCUUGAGGGGGCAAGAAGUCUACUGGGGAUAUCUCGCUCUUGAGGGGGCAAACAAUCGGGGUUUGUUUUCUUUACCACACGGGGAACACCGGAGAAAGACCCCAACAUAGACAGCCCCGUUCGAUGGCAACGAGGCGAGUGGGGUUCACCGCAAAGUAUGGAGAGAGGAUCCCGGCCCCACAGUCCACUAAGCCUGGUUCUCUAGGUCUCACUUAUAAAGGUCUUAAGGGGCUUUGACACCAAUAGAGUUGCGAUGUACAUAUACUCCUCGUUUCGUUUCUUCUUAGAAGAACCCUGCUUUCAGCCGCGUCUCUCUCUGAUGCACCCAAGAUCCAUCCUUUUUGAUGGCAAGUUUAGACUUGGGAACAUUUUCCCUGGAAACAAGCAUGCCUUGAGGCUAUUCUCCUCAGACAACAUCCCAUCACCAAGCAUUACAGAACUCUUAUCAAAACAACGCUGGAAUAAGCUCAAAUCCCAUCUGCAAAACGUAAGCCCCAGUACACUUCUUCAACAACUGCUUGACUCUAAGACUGACCCAGACCUCACUCUAAGGUACUUUAGAUGGUCAGAGAAAGAGUUCAAUCUCUCCCACUCAUUAGAACUCAGUUGUAAGCUGUUACAUUCACUUGCCAAUGCUAAAAGGUAUCCGAAAGUUAGAUCUUUUUUGCAUGGUUUUGUGAAGAAUGAGAACUCCAUUUCAGUUCCUUCUGUUUUUCAUGCUAUUUCGAUAUGUGGUGAUAGUUUUUGUGCUAAUUCAAUAAUUGCUGAUAUGUUGGUAUUGGCUUAUGUGGAGAAUAUGAAAACCCGUUUAGGAUUUGAGGCUUUUAAGAGAGCUGGUGACUAUGCGUUUAAGUUAUCAGUGACAUCCUGUAAUCCUCUGUUGAGUGCUUUGGUGAAGGAGAAUGAGAUUGGGGAUGUAGAUUAUGUGUAUAAAGAGAUGAUUAGAAGGAGGGUUGAGGUUAAUGUAAUUAGUUUUAAUAUUAUAAUUAAUGGGAUGUGUAAAGUUGGGAAAUUGAAUAAGGCAAGAGAUGCUAUUCAGGACAUGAAGGCGUGGGGGUUUUUGCCAGAUGUGUUUACCUAUAAUGCUCUUAUUAAUGGUUAUUGCAAGAAAGGUGGGAUUGGGAAAAUGUACAAAGCAGAUGCUAUUUUGAAAGAAAUGAUUGAGAGUGAAGUUAGACCUAAUGAGAUUACUUUCAAUAUAUUGAUUGAUGGGUUUUGUAAGGAUGAGAACAUUUCGGCUGCUAUGAGGGUGUUUGAGGAAAUGCGAACACAGGGUUUGAAACCUACUGUGGUUACAUAUAAUAAUUUGAUUAAUGGAUUGUGUUUGGAGGGGAGGCUGGAUGAAGCUAUUGGUCUGCCGGAUGAAAUGGUAGGAUUAGGUUUGAAGCCAAAUGUUGUUACUUAUAAUGUACUUAUAAAUGGGUUUGGUAAGAAGGGUAAGAUGAAGGAAGCUACUGACUUGUUUGAUAAUAUUGUAAAAAAAGGGAUUGCCCCCACUGUUAUAACAUAUAAUACCCUGAUAGAUGCCUAUUGUAAGGAUGGGAGGAUGGAGGAUGCAUUUGCUCUGCAUAAAUCUAUGGUAGAUAGAGGUAUUUUCCAUGAUGUUUCAACCUAUAACUGCUUAAUUACUGGUUUAUGUAGAGAGGGAAACAUUCCAGUUGUUAGAAAGCUUAUUAAUGAAAUGAUAAAUAAUGGUUUGAAAGCUGAUGUUGUAACAUAUAAUAUACUGAUAGAUGCAUUUUGCAAGGAAGGAGAGUCAAGAAAGGCAGCAAGAGUCUUGGAUGAGAUGGUUAAGAUAGGUUUGAGACCAAAUCAUGUGACUUAUAAUACUUUGAUGCUUGGCCAUUGUAGGGAGGGAAACCUCAGGGCAGCUUUGAAUGUUAGAACACAAAUGGAGAAAGAUGGGAGGCGGGCUAAUGUUGUAACAUACAAUGUGCUGAUAAAGGGUUUUUGUAAGAAGGGCAAACUAGAAGAUGCAAAUGGACUUCUUAAUGAGAUGUUAGAGAAGGGUUUGAUCCCAAAUCGAACAACUUAUGAGAUAGUUAAAGAGGAAAUGGUGGAGAAAGGCUUUGUUCCAGACAUAGAAGGGCAUCUGUAUAGCAUCUCAGCCAGCUGAUAACCCUUUUAAAAGAAAAACUUAUUUGGUUUCACCAUGGCCAAUUAUUUUAUUGGCUUGUUGAUCACUUGAUUUGAGAGAAUGUCCAGUAGUUCAUCAUGUUAAUGUUUAUAAAAGAUAGUUCCAAUCGUCUUGUACAACCUUGGCAGCCUUUUUUAUCUUGGUUCUGUCUCUACAGCAUGCAUUUAUAUGCUUAUCUUGCAAGGGAUACUGCAACAUGCUCCUCAAGUCUUCAGAACUCACCACAUUUUUCUGAUUCAGAAAAUCUGCUUAUCCGCGAAAAUACUAAGCAAAUGAAGUGUUCUUAAACCCGACAGCCCCACACGCACAAAGUCUUUCAUUAUUGCAGGAGUUCAACUCUGCUACGCCAUGCUCAUUCAGGUGUUGAGAUGAGCCACAGGAAAUGGUAGUGAGGGAACAUUCAGGUUACUUCAAACGAUUGUUUUCGGCAUCGAAAUCAAUCUUAGUCCAGAACUAAAGAAGGGGAUAUCAUGUACUUGAAAGCAAUUGUGAUCAGCAACCACACCUUAAAGAUCAAGGACCCCAAAGAUCAAGUAGUCAUAGGACACUCUAGUUUGGAUGAUAUAGAAGAAACUAUAAUUUGUAGUCAUGAUGAAUAUCUUCUUUCCUUGUCAAUCAAGUGUUGAUCUUUGUAGAGAGCAUUCAAGGAGUGAAAUCUUGAAUGAAUCAAGUCGAUGUAAAGAUUGCAUCUUUAAGAUCGUUCGGAAAGGGCAUUAAAUC